CUCCUUCCUCGCGCUGGUGCAAACAAGAAGGACCGCAAAGGACGACCUCGCGUUCCCACUGGUGGCAGUACCCGCGGCACCACCGUCGUUUGGGGUGACUACGGCCUCCGCCUUCUCGACCACGACCGACGCAUCAGCGCUGCUCAACUCAAGAUUGGAGAAGAUGUCAUUCGUAAGCGCCUGCGUGGAAUGAAGUACCGCCUCUACACCCGCAUCUCGGCAAACAUUGGUGUCUACACUUCGGGCAACGAAUCGCGUAUGGGCAAGGGAAAGGGUAGUUUCGAUUACUGGGCUUCGCGUGUUGCCGUCAGCAAGAUCAUCUUCGAACUCAAGGGAGAGUUGCACGAGCAGGUGGUCAAGGAUGCUUUCAGGUUGGCUGGAGCAAAGUUGCCUGGACUUUAUGAAUUUGUUCGUGCUGGUGACCCGCCAGUUAUGGGCAUCACAAAGCUUGGAGAUGGCGUCACAGAGGAGACGCUCAGGAGGCCGAGACGUGAGUUGCCUCCUCCCAGCAUUGAUCAGUCCGCCGACCGCAUGCCUACCUCUCCGUCGCCGUAA